ACCAAACAAAUUCUCAAAUAUCUCAGUGCCUGGAUACGUUUUCACUAAUUGUAUUACAGAUUUGGUUUACAUUACACAAAAUUGCAUUGACCAAUAAUUCCCGCUUUAGUCUUCCUUUGAAUUCUCUAAAUAACAAUACUUUCCUCCUACAUCUGCUUUCAGCCAGUUGUCUUGCAUCAGUACAUUUCCUGAGCCAAAUCACUCAAGAUGCAUUUAUUUUCCUUUUUUUCUUAUUUUCUUUCUUUCUUUUUUUACCUUGAACCUUGGAGCCAGUGCUGUCUACUGGAAAUGAAUCACAGCUGAGCUCCGGAGAAUGAAGCGCCUCCUACUUCGUCCUUACUGGCUGAGGACAAGGACGCCUUAGAGUGCUCUUGUACUGUAUAAAUAGCACCACGCUGCUGUGUUUCUGUCAGAAUCCAAACUCUCUCAACAGCACACACAUUUAGCGAAGCGUACAGCACACAGCUGGGGAUCAUACAUUCAGAGAAAAUGUGCCAAGGAUUGGAAUCACUGCCAGUUACCUGUCUGGAGAGAGUCAAAUAUCUGAAGGCACGCUUGGGAAGUUUCCUCCUGAAGCAGGAGCUCAACUUCAUGGGUCUGUCCAACAAAAGCGAUAAGCUGAGGACAGAGGACACGCUCAAGUGGAGAGCAUCCUUUCAGAAUCUGCUGGCUCACAAAGAUGGGUUGUGCGCCUUCCGAGCAUUCCUGCUGUCCGAGCACAGUGAGGAAAACAUUGCGUUCUACCUUGCCUGUGAGGACUACAAGAACACAAAGACAUCCUCCAAGCUGUGCUCCAAAGCCAAGAAAAUCUACGAGGAGUUCGUUGACACCGAUGCACCAAGAGAGGUGAAUCUCGAUCAUGAGACAAAAAGCAUCACGGAGAAGAACCUGGAGCAGCCGACUGUGUCAUGCUUCGAUCUGGCCCAGAGCAAGAUCUACACUCUUAUGGAGAACGACUGCUACCCUCGCUUUCUCAAAUCUGCACUCUACAUGGAGCUCAGCAGACAAGCGAAGCCCUGAACUCGCCUCCAACCACUGGACUUGCUUGAAGAAGGACUUCAAACACACAAGCUUGAUCCUGAAUGGUGUCUCAAGCUCAUGGCUGAGGUGGACUUGAGGUUAUCAUUCAGUAACUGCCAGACACCAGCCUGGACCCUGUCAGCAACUGGUGAGGAAUAGGUGUUUGGAGUUUGGAGACCAAAAGAAAAGUCUCAAGGAAUCAUGAUGCUGAACUUGGAGAUGAAAAAGAAGGAGAAGAAAAAGCACUGGAAUUAAACUGUGACCGUACUUUUGCACUAAGCAAACAGUGGAAAAGCCUUUUAUGUUCUCUUUUUUUUAAUGUUUUUUACUUUUCUCAUCUUUACAACUGAUAUUUAUUGAAAAAAAAUAUUUUUAUAAAUAUAAUAUAGUGCUUUUAUUUAUUAAACCGUAUGAUGCUGUAUGUGUGGAAUUCUGUUGGAAUAAAUUAUGAU